UGAUCAUGCUCAGUGGCGCUCCAGUAGAAAACCGUGCGAUAACUGCAGACCAGGCCGUGAACAAUCAAAUCCAUCGACACAUCUAUCAAGUGCAAAACGCAGCCGAGCUCAGCGACUCCGCAGCGCACCAGGUCCAGGUCACGUCGGCGUAACCUAGCAUGUGCAGCGCGCGUCCGGCGCCUCGAAGCACGUAGUUCCCGUCGCUCGCAUCGCCACCCUACGGACAUCUCGCCUCGCCGUCGAGUAUAGCACGUAAAGAAAAAUGGCAGCCCUGCCUCGUAGAAUAACCAAGGAGACGCUGCGCCUCAUGCAGGAGCCGGUGCCCGGCAUCAGCGCCGUGCCCGACGAGAACAACGCACGCUACUUUCACGUCAUCGUCACCGGCCCGGAGGACUCCCCGUUCGAGGGCGGCCUCUUCAAGCUGGAGCUCUUCCUGCCGGAGGACUAUCCGAUGUCGGCGCCGAAGGUGCGCUUCAUCACACGUAUCUAUCACCCAAACAUUGACCGGCUGGGGCGCAUCUGCCUCGACAUUCUCAAGGACAAGUGGAGCCCGGCGCUGCAAAUUCGCACCGUGCUGCUGUCGAUUCAGGCGCUGCUCAGCGCACCGAAUCCCGACGACCCGCUCGCCAACGACGUCGCCGAACUGUGGAAAGUCAACGAGGUGGAGGCCAUCCGCAACGCCAAGGAGUGGACGCGUCGCUUCGCCAUGGACAACUGAGACUUUUGCGGCGAGACCCACGAGUGAAACACGAUCGGUGUGCAUUUUGUAAUCAACUUUCGGUUUAAGUGUAGGACAACGGUCUGGGCACGCCAACCAGCUUCAUUCGAGGCCGAGUUAUUGAUUAAUAACUCAAAAACUAAACGGGGUAUCAUAACAAUUGUUUUAAAAUCACAAAAUGCAUCAAAUUUCACAUCAAACUGCUUUUAAAACUUCGAUUUUGUUAAACUUUUUGCUAAAAUUAGUUAUAACUGAUUAUAUAAAACUAUUUUCAAUCAUUUUUCGUGUGAUUAUACACAGAAUUAGAUAUUUUAUUGAAUUUUGAAAGAAUUGUUAUGAUAUCUCGUUUGGUUUUGGAGUUAUUAAUGUUUAAGUUUUACAAAGUAAGAUUUCUGAUGGUUUUAGUCAUGAUUUAUUGAUUUAUUCAAGAACUAAUUGUGAUAGAAUAAUGAUUCUUUUAAAAAUCGAUUCUGCAUUGUAUUCUAAAUCUAAUUCUAUAAAGAUUUAUCAAAAUUUAUGCCAGGAAAAAAAGUUACAAGCAAAAAACUGCAAAAAACAUGAAUUUUACCUGUAACUAAUGAUAGAAAACUAUUUUCAAAACAUUCAUGAUGUUAUUAGAUGGAGAAUUAUGUACAGAAUCGAAUUAUGAAAGAAUGAUUGCGCUAACACGUAAUGUUUGCGCGUAAAUCAAUAAUAACUAAUGUAUAACUUGGUUUCUGCGCGUUUCAGACCGUCGCACUGCACUUGUACCGAAUUGUUCAAUAAUCGCUCUACUUAUCCUAUCAGUUUGUAUCGUACGAGCAAAACUGAGAGACAUUCUUACGUUUGAUCCAUCCGGCGCAACUUCAACACUUCACUCCUUUUCAUUUCUCGUCAAGAAAGAAAGAAAAAACAAACUGUUGCUGAUUAGAUUUAUACAUUAGUCGAUACACUAAGUUAUUUUAGUUUCUCCUCUCAAACAAAAGUGGAUGUCAUUUGAAAAAAAAAAAAAAACGGGUCGAAUUCGUGCACGCGCGACUGACUGCGGCUGAUUCGACUAUCAAGCUGUCAAAUGUGUGAUUUCUUGAUUAAUUAAACGGAUUAGUCAUGUUAAAUGUUAUAUAAAAAACAAACAAACAAAGAAAUGAAGCAAGCGAAGCGCAAUGUAUCGAUAGGUUUUUGUAAUUUCGAAUUUCCGAUUGAGAUUGUUUCUAUUUUCGAGAAUAGUUAAGACGUCAGCUCCGAGACAAGUAAAAAUGCAACAUAAGCCCCCGGGAAAAACAUAUAGAGAGAAAAAGCAGGUCGAAAACAUUUUAAGCAGAACGGCGAACAUUUAAGUGUGUUGUAUAUAUUGAUAUGUAAGGCUUUUUACGAAAUAAAUUCUUUACACAA